CGCACAGUUAAUUUAAUUUUUUUUUUUUAAAGGAAAUAGGUGGCUUGGUAGAAAGCGACCUUGCUGUUUUGUGUAAAUAAAGUUAGCUACUCUACAUACUCGUACAUUAAGGUUACUCACGUCCGAGUCACAAGGUCAAAGGACGACAACAAGCAUUAUUUUGGGUAUCCUCUUGAGUCAGUUGCAGUCAUGGAGUAACACUCUGGGAGCUGUUAAGUUUGUGUUAUGACUUCUUUACCGAGCUCCUCAUUAAUAUCACCUGUCAGACUCUUCUGUGUGCACCUGUGCUCAAGAACGAGCAGGACGCUCUCUAAACACGUAGUUUUGUGUCAAAGGAGUUGGUGCCCUGGUGCAGGUGCAUCAUCAGCUCUGUGCAGACAAACAAACUCUCUCUGGUGGAAUGAGACUCGAGGGUUUCUCUCCCGGGGUGGUGGAGGUGCCUCCGAGGAGCAGCAGACCCUGGAGGACCUGGCCCAGAACAUCAGAGAGCAGCAGUACAAAAGGGUGGUGGUGAUGGCUGGAGCCGGGAUCAGCACACCAAGUGGCAUCCCAGAUUUCAGGUCUCCAGGCAGCGGUCUCUACAACAAUCUGCAGCAGUAUGACCUGCCUUACGCAGAGGCGAUAUUCGAGAUAGGCUUUUUCCAUCAAAACCCAAACCCCUUCUUCGCCCUGGCCAAAGAGCUGUACCCAGGGAAUUAUCAGCCCAAUCUGACCCAUCACUUUGUACGGCUGCUUCACAAGAAGGGUCAGCUCCUCAGGAUGUACACCCAGAACAUUGACGGGCUGGAGAGGCAUGUUUGUUCAACUGUGUUUCAAGUGGCAGGGAUUCCUCCUGAGAUGUUGGUGGAGGCUCACGGUACUUUUGCCACCGCCACCUGCACGGUCUGCCUGAGGAAAUACAAAGGAGGAGAGUUACGGUCAGAUGUGAUGUCAGGUGUCGUGCCGAAGUGCCCCACCUGUAAAGGCGUGGUGAAGCCCGACAUUGUGUUUUUCGGGGAGGAGCUUCCGUUUAACUUCUUCAAGUAUCUCACAGAUUUCCCACUGGCAGACCUCUUGAUCGUCAUGGGAACAUCACUGGAGGUGGAGCCCUUUGCCAGUCUGGCGGGGACUGUGCGCCCCUCUGUGCCCCGUCUGCUCAUCAACAGGGAUCGGGUGGGUCCGUUCACCGGGCGCCGCAGUCCUCAUGAUGUGGUGCAGCUGGGCGACGUGGUCAGCGGUGUGCAAGCCCUGGUGCAGGCCCUCGGCUGGACUCAGGAGCUGGAAGCUCUGAUGGCCGCUGCUGCUGAGAAAGCUGCAAAAAAGACAGAACAGUGAUGUUAAAGGGAUAUAAAAUGCACUUUUAAAACCCCACACAUCCUCAUGCAAUGGUUGUGUGUGCAGUUCGUAGUGGAAAAAGGAAAAGAAGAAUGACGGAGCCCUUUAAAAUGGAUCUACUCUUGCAGCAUAGUUCUGUAUGUAGCGCAUAGUGCGAAUAAGGGGUAGAGACUGGUGGAUGGGGGCCAAAAGGGGAAAGGGUUCAAAGGCAAAAGGGGUAAUUGUCUGUGGGGUUUAGGAUGAUGUGUGUUUCAUGCUUUUGGUUAGCAUGUUUCUCAUGAUAACCUAGGAAACAAGGGUUGCUAUAUUCUUGUCUAGAGUCAUGGAAAAAUGGGCAAAACUGCCUGUGCCAUCUCCAGUCCAUGUAGCAGGAGCUGAUGAACAUCCGUGCAUGUGUGUCCCAAUACACCACGCUAGUCUAAAGCUGCACUCUUCCUUUUUUCUAAAUAAACUUUCGUACUUUCUUUUUCUAUGGUUGCAAGCUCAAAAUAAGCAUUCGAAAAGGAACGGUGCUUUCAGAGGAACUGAAACGGGCUUCAACAGAGGUGAAAAGACCGGAAGCAACAAUAGAAAGGCUCUGCUGUGUCCGUCACUCGGGCUGCGGGCUCCAGUCGAAUAGGCAGAAUGUCCAUCUCAGCAAGUAAUAAUAUAAUAUACCGUAGUUAUCA